UUUAAGGAGGCGGCGGCCGGCGGGGGAGCGCGGUGCCCAUUGGAGCGGCCGCGGCGCGACGUGUCGCUGCGAUGGCCGCCGCCGGCCGGGCCCGCGCACCGGGGCGUUCGCGGCGGAGCGGGCGUUGACAGAUGUAUUUGAAGAGGCCGGCGGGCGGCCUCGCCUUCUGCCUCUUCUACCUGGCCUCCUGCUUCACCAACAAGUAUGUCCUGUCUGUCCUGAAAUUUACCUACCCUACCCUUUUUCAAGGGUGGCAGACGUUAGUGGGUGGGCUUCUGCUUCACAUCUCCUGGAAGUUGGGCUGGGUGGAGAUAAACUUGUGUUCAAGGUCUGAAAUCUUGUCGUGGCUUCCUGCUUCAGUACUUUUUGUGGGCAUUAUUUAUGCUGGCUCUAGGGCACUGUCUAGAUUGCCAAUCCCGGUGUUCCUCACCGUGCACAACGCGGCAGAAGUUAUAACCUGUGGGUUCCAGAAGUUUGUGCAGAAAGAGCAGACCUCUCAUCUGAAAGUCUGUAGCGUUCUGUUCCUCCUGGUAGCAGCAGCGUGCCUUCCUUUAUGUGACACACAGUUUGAUCCAAACGGUUAUUUAUGGGCUCUAAUUCACUUGAUCUGUGUUGGGGCUUACAAAGUAUUUCACAAGUUAUGGAAACCUGGCUCUUUAAGUGACCUGGACCAACAGUACAUCAACUACGUAUUCAGGAAACUGAGGAAUUGGGCCUGUUUAUGUGUGGUGCUGUUGGCCUCUGCAUCCCAUCCAGCAGGUGAUCUCUUCAGUGCCUUGGACUUUCCAUUCCUGUACUUCUACAGGUUUCAUAGCAGCUGCUGCGCCAGUGGACUGUUGGGAUUCUUUCUGAUGUUGCACACAGUGAAGCUAAAAAGCAGCACAACAUCAGGGCAAUAUGCAGCAUGGAGUUUUCUUGCAAAGGUUAUCACUGCUAGUUUAUCACCGUUCUUCUUUGUCAUGACUGCCAAUGUACUAACGAUUUCUUGCCUUGUGAUCAGUGGAGUUGGAGAAGCUUUGCUUGUUUACACUGAAAGAACAGGCACAUAAAGAGGAACCAGAUCUCACCAGCUGGAAAAGAGCUGACUUGCAGCCUAGAGACCCUGCCAUGAAUAAAACGCGUCAGCAAGAAUGAAGAAGUGCAACCAAACAUGAGGAAAGAGACCUUUUGGUUUUUUAUUAAGAAAGAACAACUAUGCUAUUAAUAGUGCUGGUAAGAGAGCAGCAUAGCUGCCAGGAUGGUUAGGAGCCUUUGCCUCAAAGCACAAGACAAACUAUUUCUGAUUGAUGUGGUAAAGGAAAAACAGCAGUGCCUCAUGCUGAUGGCUCUGUGUGAGAACCUCUCAGCAGCAGCUCCUUGCACAGGGAACUGAACUCCGGAAAAGCAGCAUUCCUCACUGGAUGCCGCCAGUUUUUUGUUGGAAGCUGACAGCAGGUUGUACCAAACAAUGUCAAAGCCCAGAUCCUGCCAUGAAUUCAGGAUUAGGAAGGAUGGAUUUUGUCUCCAACUGUUCUGUAAGCAGCAAGCUGCUGCACACAGGUCUGUAGUCACGUCGUCUGAACUGGCAUGGUGACUGAGGCCAUGGGGCUUCUGGAAGUAAUCCCCUUCUGGAACAGCGGUGGUUUGACAGCUUUGCAAAAUGGGGAAAUCAGCAAUAAAUCUUAAUAUCUGUA